AUGUGGUUUACAAAGCCAUUGAGCACUCAAAUCUCAGCCCAAACCAACCUCUACAUCCAACGCGCCCUUCACACCGACGGCCUCGACCUCGCCGCCUAUGGCCGCCUCUUCCAGCAUUUCACCGACCGCCGCCUCCCGCGUCAGGCCAAGCAGCUCCACGCCCGCCUCCUCCUCUUCUCCGUCAAACCCGGCAACUUCCUCGCAUCAAAGCUCAUCAGCUUCUAUUGUAGAAACAACCAACUCAAACAAGCACAUAAGGUGUUCGAUGAAAUUCCUCAGAAGAACACUUUCGCUUGGAAUGCCUUGCUUAUUGGGUACUCCAUUCGCAACAUGCAUACUGAUACUCUGAGGCUGUUUUCGGCCAUGAUGGCGUCGCACUCGCCGGAAGCGAAGCCGGAUAAUUUCACUAUGACUUGUGUGAUGAAGGCGCUGGGGGGUUUGUUUUCCGGGACUGAUUUGGCUAAGGAGGUGCAUUGCUUUGUUCUGAGAAAUGGGUUUGAUUCGGAUUUGUUUGUUGCUAAUUGUUUGAUGACUUUCUAUUCGAGGUGUGAUGAGGUUGGAAUGGCCAGGGCAUUGUUUGAUAGGAUGCCGGAGAGAGAUAUCGUGUCGUGGAAUUCGAUGAUUGGUGGGUAUUCUCAGGCUGGGUGUUAUGGAGAGUGUAAAGAGUUGUAUAGGGAGAUGUUGGAGUCUGUGAAGGUGAGGCCUGAUGAUGUGACUGCAGUUAGUGUUUUGCAGGCAUGUGUACAGUCUAGUGAUCUUGAGUUUGGUAUGGAGGUUCAUCGGUUUUUGAACGAGAGUCUAAUUGAGAUGGAUGUCAAGCUUUAUAAUGCUCUUAUAGGGUUAUAUGCAAGAUGUGGUAAGUUUGAUUGCGCUCGAGAAUUGUUUGAUGGGAUGAGUGAGAAGGAUGAAGUGACAUAUGGCUCAUUAGUUUCGGGAUACAUGUUUCAUGGCUUCGUUGAUAAAGCCAUGGAUGUUUUCCGAGAAAGUACCAACCGAAGCUUAAGUACAUGGAAUGCUAUGAUUUCGGGUAUGGUUCAGAACAGUCGGCAUGAGGCUGCCAUAGAUUUAGUUCGUGAAAUGCAGGCAUGUGGUUUCAAACCAAAUACCGUGACAUUAUCAAGUGUUCUCCCUGCAAUUUCGUAUUUCUCAAAUUUGAAAGUAGGGAAAGAAACACAUGCUUAUACAGUCAGAAACAAUUUUGAUUGGAAUAUUUAUGUUGCAACUGCUGUUAUUGAUACUUAUGCAAAGUCGGGGUUUCUUUCUGGGGCACAACAGGUUUUUGAUCAAUCAAAAUAUAAGAGUUUGGUCAUUUGGACAGCAAUAAUCUCAGCUUAUGCUGCCCAUGGAGAUGCUAAUGUGUCUAUUGGUCUGUUUAACAAGAUGAUUGGUAGUGGGAUACAGCCAGAUGAAGUAACAUUUACUGCAGUAUUAACAGCUUGUUCUCAUUCUGGAGCGGUAGACGAAGCUUGGAAAAUCUUUAAGGCCAUGUUUCCGGUAUACGGCAUUCACCCUUCAGUUGAGCACUAUGCAUGCAUGGUAGGUGUUCUUAGCCGAGCUGGGAGACUCACUGAAGCUGCAGAGUUAAUACAAAACAUGUCAAUCGAGCCAAGUGCUAAAGUUUGGGGUGCAUUACUAAAUGGGGCUUCAGUUGCUCGUGAUGUUGAACUGGGGAAGUUUGUUUUUGACCGUCUAUUUCAGAUGGAGCCUGAGAAUACCGGGAACUAUGUCAUUAUGGCAAAUUUAUAUGCACAAGCUGGGAGGUGGGAAGAAGCUGAUAAAGUCAGGGAAAGAAUGAAAGAAGUUGGAUUACAGAAAAUUCCUGGUAUUAGCUGGAUUGAAACAAGUGAUGGAUUACACAGCUUCAUAGCAAGGGAUGCAUCUAAUGAAAGAACUGAAGCUAUCUAUGAAAUACUUGAAGGAUUGCUAGGAUUGAUGAAAGAGAAAGGGUAUGUUUUGCUGGAGGAAUUAGAUGAGGAGAGUGUCAAUGUUGGUUGAAGCCAAGAUCAAUUAUUAUAAAUUUAGAGGAAGAAUGAUCCAACACAGGAAUUUAUGAGAGUAUUAUGACACUUUGCUGAGACCUAGAAUCAGUAACUGUAAGUCUAUUGAUUGAAACUUGGGUGUUCCUUUUUACACCCGCUUUGCUGAUCACACACAUCUUUUACUAAAGA